AUUGGUCUGUCUGAGAUCGUGAGACUUGUCAGAGAGACAGUCAGACAGAGGACAUCUCCAGUCGAACGGGCAUCACCAGACUGGCAGAAACGGCGUCAAGGGCCGAUGGGUGACGUUUUCUUGGCAGCAAAAAGAGGUCGAUUAAUAUAGCCCAAACCGGCCUAGCGCCGCCUGUCGCGUUCUUCGAUAAAUUUGCCCGCCCGUGUACUGCUUUGUUGACAUUCUUCAUCUCCGACUCCCCUCUCCGAAAACAAAGAAUACUAUAAUAUCCAUGAUCAGACAACAGUGAGAUGCCGUGGACGGUCACAAAUUCAUUUAAAAGGGGCCUCAUGAAAACUUACGGGAGACCCGUUCGUCGAAUCUACGAUGAUGACACUUUCCAUGCCUCCAAAAAACGACGCGUCGAAGCGGCAGAUGACUCGGACGACGCCGAGUCGAAUCUACGAUACGCCAUUCGCGAAUCUUCAAUUGCAAUAACCGCAUCCAGCCCAUCACGGCGCAAUUCAGUGAUAUUCUCAGAAAUAACGCAAGAAGAUGACGACGACGACGAUGACGAUCUCUCGACGCCUCCUUCGUCACCCCCUCCGCCAAGGUUGACUCCUCCACCCGCGAAUACGCGGAAACCGACGUUUGCGUUUUUGAAGCGCAAAAAGUCGUCGACAGUCAAGGAGGUGAAUGGGAGUCCAUUGGCCGAGGUGAAUUCGAAUAGUGUACGGUCAUCGGUGGAUCAGCCAAAGAAGAGUCAAUCAGCACAACCGCGCGUGUUGAGGCAAUUACAGAUUGAUGCGGGGGUUACUGUGCGACGUAGCUGCAAUCUGUGUGGGAUGGAAUAUGUGCCGUCUAAUGCGGAAGACGCGGAUCUGCAUGACAAGUUUCACUCUAUGAAUGCAGUGGGUAUCGACCUAGGCAAAGCGUUUGUCCGGGCAAACGCGUCGCGUUGGGUUUACGAGGCUGCGCGUUGCGACGAGGGUUAUGUGGUGAUUGUUGAUCGGAAGGCGUCGCCGUCAGCCAGAAAUCAAGCAAAAAAAGUACUCGAUGUUGUGAAUAGAGAAUUAUCAUCGCCGCCGAUUGACGAUGCUACAUUAUGGAGUCAAAUCGAGCCACCGAAACGUCUACGCAAGAAUGGAGCAAAGGAAGAGACUGAUCGAUAUAAAGUCUUUUUGCAUAUGAAGGAUAGCAAAUGUAUGGGCCUGUGUUUGGCGGAACGAAUAUGGGAAGCACACCCUGUCAAACUAGAUGCGAGCAACGGCGUCACUGUCAGUAAUGGCGAUGGACCCCAUCGAAGUUCCUCCGUCACUGUUCAGAAUACCCUUGACCCAGCCAUCGUGGGAGUUUCGCGAAUCUGGACCUGUGGCUCUGCGCGUCGACGAGGCAUCGCCAUGGAUUUGCUAGAUUGCGUCAUUAGCAAUUUCAUCUACGGACUGGACAUUCCCAAGGAACAGAUUGCAUUCACGCAACCGACUGAGAGUGGAAUACGUUUGGCAGAAUGCUUUUUCGGUGCUGGCGAGCCCUGGCACGUAUAUAACGAGGGGGUUGUUUCUUAGAGCGGUCUGUUUUAUAUGUAUUCGAGAUUGGAUACGGUCAGCGUGGAUUUUUGCUUCGUGGUUACAGGGGGCUGUGUACUAUACUUUCGGAGUGUUUCGAGGGUGGUAAUUUAUUUAUUAUAUGAAGUUGUAUGAGCAUUUAGUUAUACAAGAUUGCUAUCAAUUAUUUUCUAUCU